AAAAGCGGCCAUUUUCAUUAACUGACCAAAGAGCAAAUCGACAGGUGGAUACCAGGCGAAGUCAAUUCAGACUUUCAGUUCAAAGGAUAAAAAGGGGUCAAAAGGCAAGACAAAAAAGAAAUCGUCAAAGAAGAUCAAAGUUCACAGGUACUAACAGGGGUAAUGCAAUGCAUAAUCAAAGUACAAUAUCUGAUCAAAGUGCAAUGCAUCAUCAAGGUGGAAUGUCUGGUCAAACAUCCAACAACACAGUACGUCAGCAGAAUAUGUCCAAUCAGAAUAAAAGUCACAGUACCUCAAAUUUGAAUAUAUCUGGUCAAGAAACAAUAGCAGAACAACAUACUGCAUUUUUAAACGAUCAAUCUCAUCAAAUCUCUACAUCCUUCAAAGCAAACAUAAAGCGGAUUGAACUGCAUGGUUCAAGACUUGUAAAUCCCAACAGCCUUGAUGUAGCGAUUAGAGACUUAGUGAUAAACGAUUCCAGGUUAGUCGUCGUAAGGUGGUUCAUUGUGGAGUUUUACAAUAAAAGCAAUCAACAACUGAUCAACAUUAUUAAUAAGCAGAUGUUAUGUGCUACAGCUGUUUCAGACAGCUGUAUCGCAUUUACCUGUAGCAGCUGUGAAAAAGGUGUCAUCCACAUAUAUUACCAAGAUGGUAGCCAUUUACGGGAUAUUACAACAGAUCUUGGAUUAUUAUGGGGGAUAGGACGUAAUAGUGAGGAUGAGAUAGUUGUGUGUGAUUGGACGACAAACUCCAUUUGUCACAUUGAUUAUGAUACGGGUGCCCUUCUUGACAAAACAACUGACCCAGGGUUAUUCCGCUGGCCUAGGUAUAUUGCAGUAGCUAAUGACAACAAUGUGGUGGUCUCUGAUUGGUGGAAAAAUUGCAUCACAGUUGUAGACAGGACAGGGAAGAAGCUAAUGGAGUAUGGCACUCGUGGGGAGCUCUAUUGGCCAAGUGGGGUGUGUGUAGCUGAUGACAACAUCAUUAUAGUUGACAGCUUGAACCACAGGGUUUCCCUGGUUACUCCUACUACUGUCCACCAUCUUGCAACGAGGGACCAUGGUCUAGUUGCACCAAAUGCCGUAACAGUGGACAGCAAAGGGAAUGUAUUGGUUGGUGAUAUCAAAGGGAAUCUGUUUGAAAUUGACUACAAAUCAUUAAACCAUUAAACAACAAAGUAUCCCUGGUUACUCCUACUACUGUCCACCAUCUUGCAACUAGGGACCAUGGUCUAGUUGCACCAACAAAUGCUGUAACCAACAAAGGGAAUGUAUUGGUUGGGGAUUUAAGAGGGAAUCUGUUUGAAAUUGACUACAAAUCAUUAAAUCAUAUACUCAUCUAUCCCAGGGUAAUUAAAUUCAGCUGACCUUUUUGGACACAGUUGACCCUUUUGAUAAUGUGGCAUUUUUUGAAUAAACAAAUUGAACCUUUUAUAUCACCACUGAAUGAAUGGACAUAUGGAUUAACAAACCAUUGAAAGAAUGGACAGAUGGAUGGAUGAACCAUUGAAGAAAUGGACAGAUGGAU